UUGUCAAUGGCCGUGUGUGGAUUGUCAUUUGUCAAAUUUAUAAAAAUAAUGCAUGUUUUAUUAUUAGUGAUUGUGAAUUAAAUAAAUAAAUAGAGUGCAUUUGUGGAUUAAUAAAAACAACGUAUAAAUAAUCCACACCGAUAUACUACAACAUAUGCUUCGAGAAGCGAAGCGAGAAGGCUGAAACAUGUCGAUGCCACACAGUAGUUCCAGUACAACAAGCUCCAGCACGAAACGCAAAGAAAUAUACAAAUACCAAGCACCAUGGCCUCUAUACUCCAUGAACUGGUCUGUGCGACCAGACAAGAGGUUCCGUCUGGCGCUGGGCAGUUUUGUUGAAGAAUACAAUAAUAAGGUACAGAUCAUAUCAUUAGAUGAAGACACAAGUGAAUUCAGUGCUAAGAGCACAUUUGACCAUCCAUACCCCACCACCAAGAUCAUGUGGAUCCCUGACAGCAAGGGGGUGUAUCCUGACCUAUUAGCAACUAGCGGCGACUAUCUCCGAAUCUGGCGCGCCGGCGAACCCUACACUCUCUUCGAGUGUGUCCUCAACAACAACAAGAAUUCUGACUUCUGUGCACCUCUCACCUCAUUUGAUUGGAACGAAGUGGACCCCAACUUGAUUGGCACCAGUAGUAUUGACACAACUUGUACAAUCUGGGGUCUGGAGACAGGCCAGGUGUUGGGACGAGUCAAUGAGGUGUCUGGACAUGUUAAGACCCAACUUAUUGCUCAUGAUAAGGAGGUGUACGACAUCGCGUUCAGCCGCGCGGGCGGCGGGCGCGACAUGUUCGCGUCGGUGGGCGCCGACGGCUCCGUGCGCAUGUUCGACCUGCGACACCUCGAGCACUCCACCAUCAUAUACGAGGACCCGCAGCACACGCCGCUGCUCCGGCUGGCGUGGAACAAGCAGGACCCGAACUACCUCGCCACGAUCGCGAUGGACGCGUGCGAGGUGAUCAUCCUGGACGUGCGCGUGCCGUGCACGCCCGUGGCGAGGCUCAACAACCACCGCGCAUGCGUCAACGGCAUCGCCUGGGCGCCGCACAGCUCGUGCCACAUUUGCACAGCGGGCGACGACCAUCAGGCGCUAAUAUGGGACAUACAACAAAUGCCGCGCGCAAUAGAAGACCCCAUCCUGGCCUAUACCGCAGCCGAGGGUGAAGUGAAUCAAAUACAGUGGGGCGCCACACAACCAGACUGGAUCGCCAUAUGUUACAACAGGCACACUGAGAUACUGCGCGUUUAAAUGUAGAAUGGGGUGGGGUUCGCCAGUUCCGGCUCGAAGGAUCAAAAUGUGUAAAUGGGGAUAAUGAAUAAAAUUCUUGACAUUGAACUGAUUGGCAGAUAAUGUAUGGCCUAAAUCAGUGGCUUUGAGUUGUAUUUUGGGUAAUUUCGUCUCCUAAACGGGUUAGAACCAAACAGACCCAAUAGACUCGCGAACUUCAAAAAUUCCGAAAUCAUUUAACUUCGAAAAAAAAACUGAAGUUUUAAAUUGUAGUAGAAUCUUAAAACAUAAUUUAAAGUUUCCUUAAUUCCUAUUCGCCUCAUUUACGGCACUUCAAUUAUAAGUUUAACUUCAAAGUGUUGAUGAAAAUAGUUUUGAUACAUUUGGAAAGAAAUUAUGAUAUUCUGAUAAAUACACUUGCCAACAAAACAUUAUUAAUUUCACAUCACAAAAUAUUUAAAAAAAAAAUACGAAAAUAAUAAUCUGAAAACCAUGAUCCCGAAAAUGAAGGCCGUAAUAAAAAUUGAGCACAUAUUUUGAUCCCUUGAACAAAGAACUGUGAAAGAAGGAUAAGCAAUGUGUCAGGAAGCUAGGUCCUGAGACAGAGUCUCUUUAUAUAAGAUCUUUAGGACAAGGCGAUUCUUGAAUUGGUCAUGCGGAGUUUGGUACUCAAUGUACAGGGUGGUCCAUUAAGGACUAUUGUUAUAUAUAAUAUUUUGGGCGGUCUAAUAUAACUUAUACUGGUUGAAAUAUGUAUAGAGUUCGUCACACUACUAACGCCGGCGGAAUGCAGUAAAUUGUGACGCGCAUUUUCCUACAACUUAUGAAUGAUCUUUUGUAUGAAAUUGCGUUUGACAGAAUAUUAGGAGACCUUUAUUAUCUACGAAUUCUUACCUUGACUAAAUAUGUACCGUUUUCAAUUUUUAUAGUGGAGUGUUGGAUAUAAUUGAAAAAAUAGUAUAUUGAUGGAAAACCAAUGUUUAAGGUAAUUCACUUAAAAAAAACUACACGCUAUGUUUGUGUGGUACCGUUUGACCUAAGAGUUAAAGUAUACUUUAUUCAUUAAUAACACUCUGUAUACAAAACGGAACUAUUUUAUAUGAAAGACUGACAAAAAUAUUCCUUUAUUUUUUGGUCUGGCAGGCCCUGGUUUUCGUUUCCAGGUGGGAAAUAUUCGGUGUAAGUUCCAACACAUUUGCCUUGGACCUCCCAACUUGAAAUCAGGUGGUUGUUCGUGAAAACUAAACCAAAUACGUUUUGCUGUUGAGUAAAGAAUGUUACUGCGACCAGUUUAUUUGGGGGGAGGCGGGAGUAUAUUAUCUAGUUCUGUCGAUAAAUUAAUCUGUUUUCGAUUCAUAAUUUCUUGAUAAACUUUUGUCUCUAUAAUACUUAUUAUGAUAUGUUUUUGAUCUAUAUUCGGAUACAAAAUUAUACUAGGAAUAUAAGACAAUUUCGCAUUUAUAAUACAAUUUCUUCAUAACAUUAAAAGAUUUUAGAGCAAAUUCGAUUAUAGGCCAUAUGUGUACAAUGUAAAAUAUAAGUGUGGUAAAAGAAGAUUUUGUCAAGUGCACACAUAUUUUUAAAUUCUGUGCUUUCUUCACUCACAAUCUUAAUUUCUGCUCAUUGGUAUUUAUUAUUACAGUCAUCUACCAAUCAAAACUAAGAUGUAUUCACCAACUACUUUCAGAAUGUACACAAAAAAAAACAAAAUACAGUUAUCUAGUGUGUUAAACAAUAUACAUUCUUUGAAUAAGUUCCAAAAUCGCAUAGGUAUUUAGCGUUUUGCACAAUAUUCGAAA